CAUCGUCGUCGAGCACAGCGCACCUGCCACGUGAACAUGCAGAAAGCUCUACUGGCUCUUCAACCGUAAAAGUGCUGGAAAGAGUCUCAUCCGAGGCAUUCGGAAGUACUAAAGCUGCGACGAAGACGGCGGUGGGUCCGCCAACCUUGACGGCGAGUGACCACUUUCGAAGAUCAUUUUCUGCCUACGGUACGUGGACCCACAAGAAAUCAUAAAAGCAGAGAGCUCCAAGCACUCUGUGAAGUGACUUUUUUUCAGAAGGCAAUCACAAUCGCAGCGGAGAAAGUUUUCGUGGGCUAGUACAAAACACGGCGAUUCGGGAAAGAAAAAAGUGUCUGGUGAAAAUCACUGGAGCGGAAGCUCGUGGUCGGCAUCAACAAAAGUAAAAAAGGAUCACCACAAAAGCAAAGUAUAACGGCGCUAUUAUUUUCGUGCACGACGAAGCAAUCCUCUUCAUCACGCCAACGACGUCAAGGCGAAUUAUCUCUUUCUUCUUGUCACUAACAAGCAAGAAACUCAAAGUUGCUUGAGUGCGCAUGAAAUAGAAAGCACUUCCAAUACGAAAACGUUCCAUACUGGUGACCAGCCGUGGCCUGUGGCUCGAGAAGGGGAGAGGCAACUCUGUGGCACAUGCUUACCGCACUGCCAGAUGACGCAAGAAUCUCCCCAAAAUCUGCACGAAGGCUUUGUCGCUCUCUGCACUGAAGUGGUGAAGAACUACUGUGUCAUCGGCGAGACCACGAUCUCGGUUGCUACGACAUAUCCGGCAUUUCAUCUCAGGGUAUUCCUACCCUUGGAUCAUUCCUUAGUUUUGCCAAUCCCUAGCCAUCCAUGAUUACUACACGGGCAAAUGCAAUAUCUACUUACUGGAAUUUGGUACGUCGACGUGAUCCGAUGUACUAAGUAAUUCAGAUGGUAAUAUAGCAGGUUGAAGACGGGAGGACGAGCGGAGGACGACGACCAUCGCAGCCCUGCUUCAUGAACAACACGGAAUUCGCACAUGUGCAUGCGAAAUUCAUGGAAACAGAAGACUCAGAAGGGCACGUGGAUCCAAGCGGGCAUGGGCGGUUUUUUGCUUCAUAUCCUUAAACCCAGAAGACGCGCGUGGACUUACGGAAAGAAACUGGACCGAGUAUCACAUGUUGGCGGGAAAACAUGGUCUACCGUCUGGUAUGGUCAUGGCUUAUUAUGCGGCAAGAAAUGAAGUUGAGAAAACUAUCUGCACAAACAUUAUUAAAGCAAGCCUUGCUUUUGUCAAGAGCGCGAAUACGACAUAGCGCGAACAAUAGACGGGUCUGGUGACAACUUUCAAAAUCUGUAUCUCUCGAAAAAUCAGCAAUAUUUCUCUGUGAACGAGUUGCCCAAAGAAAGUGUACUUGAACAGAUACAGAGUUUGGAUCCUUUUGACGCGAGGUUGGC